AUGAAAGGUCACCUGCUGCAAACGGUUCAUCCCAUGCUCCAACUCGUCGCCAGCAGUAAGGGCAUACCCAUGAACGAGUACCUCAUGAGGACCGUCGCACGAAUCUUCAGCUUCUUGAAGCAGCAGGGCGCCGAGACCGGCCUGGCAACGCUGAGUCCGCUGUCGGCCAUCCUGUUGGCCAUGUCAGCAAAUCCUUCAAAUCCUGUUUUCAAUCAUCAUCUCUUUGAGGCAGUUGCCUCGAUUGUGAAGGUUUGUGUACCUGGGCAGCCUGAUGCUGUGGAAAGCGCACUGCUGCCCACCUUUGGGCAGAUUCUUGAAAGGAAUGUGGUGGACUUCCUUCCGUAUACUUUUCAGAUAAUGGGCUUGCUGCUUGAUGCUUCCCCGAGCAUCAAGCCACUCUACACAGAGCUUUUUGCAAGGCUCUUGAACCCGGAGCUUUGGCGUGCCCAGGCAAAUGUGCCGGGUCUGAUUAGACUUCUGCGUGCAUACUUUGCAAAACACGCUAGUUUUGCCGAGCUGCUGAGGACGCACAUGCAGGCGAUCCUUGAACGGUUCCAAUUCGUUCUCAUGAAUCGGAAGACCGAGGUCGCAGCGCUGGACCUGCUGAACGCGAUAUACCAGCAUCUGCCGAUUGAGUUUUACCAGCAGUUUCUCAAGACCUUGAUGACUGUUUUGUUGACUAGACUUCAAAGCAGCAAGUCACCAAAGUUCAAACGGGACUUCGUUGUCUCGUGCUCGCUUUGCAUCCACAAGAACCAGUCAGUAAUACCACUCUUCAAUGAGAUUCAGGCUGGCCUGCUUAGCAACCUUGUGCUCAAUGUUUGGCCACCAGUGCUGAAGAUGCCGCUGAAAACGGACGAACGCAAGGUGUGCGUUAUGGCAGUGGCCAGACUACUGUCUUUAGAUGAGAUGAGGCAGAACACACAGCUGGUUGGCGCUUGUGCUGUUGGCCUCGUUCACUUAUUGGGGCUGUCCUCGUCGAACAACAAGUCGAAGUUGAACGGCGACGAGGGAUCCGAUGACGAAUUCUUGGAAAAUGGAGGUGCAGGUCAGGAGUAUGAAGUUUCCUUCAACAAGCUCCAAAACACUGACCUCCCCGGUGCAGCAGCCGGACUGGCGCCAGACGUCCCCGAGUUGCAGUCGGCUGCGAAAGCAGCCUUGAAGCCAGUUCUUGGCGCCGCUGCGAUGCAGCUGGCAUCAGCAAGUGCUGAGUUGCAGCCACUGGCGGUUUUCUUGCAGUAG